GUCAUGACGUGGGAGCGUACCGAAACGCUCGAGCGAUAGUUCUAUCGGAGCCUGUUGUAGUUUCAGAUAAUGAACUACAUUGUUUUAUUCAGAUCGGAGCUUUCGCCUAUUCUUUCCUCUUCAUAAAGGCGCCGAAGAGGAAGAUUGGAUUAGCGGUUGAAUUGUUUUGUGUUAGGAUUAACAGUUGUGCGGAUUUAAAGAGAGAAAUCCCACUUUCUCUCGCUGUUUCUCUCCGGUCGUUUCCACGGGACUGUAGUGUUCACAGGACAGGAGAAAUGCUCUUCUUCUUGUAGGCUAAGCUUUUGAUUUAUAUUGCUGUAAAAAGAGAUAUCUCGUUAUCUGCUCUGGAUAUGGCUGAAGCGAGAGUGGAGGAUGACGAGGAAACUUUUAGAGAGACGCGAGAGGCCGGCGGCGCGAGACGAAACCCGCGAGCCCCCAGCGCGGCUUCAGUUUGGCCUCGAUCCAGUGAAAGAGAAUGAGUUUCUGUACCAGACUCAAUCAGCAGAUCGAGCAGAUAGGAACAAGCCUGAACAACGCCAGUCUAGCACGCAGGGUGCACUCUCGUCGAUCAGAGCUGUGAUAAAAAGGACAUCCACCAGAACAGCUGCUCCGACUGAACAGACCAGAGAGAGACGACGUCCAGAGAUCACCAUUCUUGCAGCUGAACCACUGGCUACAAACUCCUGGUUUCCAGGGACAUCUGGGGCAUUUCCUCUGGCUCCGCCCCCUGCUCAGCCAUCGUGGACCAGUUCUGUUACAGUAGAGCUUCCGCCACCUUCAUACGAACAGGUGAUUCGAGAAAAAAGUCGUGAGCAGAAUACCCACACUUCCACCGUCUCUUCCUCCUCCUCCUCUUCCUCAUCACCCUCCUCCUCAUUAUCGUCAUCCUCCUCAUCCUCCGCUCCUCGUCACACUGCCACCAUCUCCACACAGACCGAUCCGGAGCCUUCUGAGCCGCAGAGCUGCACCAGACCCUCUAUGCGCCGGCCCCCAAAACCGCCUCGUCCGUCCCUCCCUCUCACUCCUAAACUUGCCGAGCCGGUACUUGCACACACACACUCUUUGAUUGAACUGGAUGAGCCUGAUCCCUUGUGUUCCACACACGCUCCAACACACCCUCCUAGUGGCGAGCAGUGUGGUGUUCAGACUGACUUCACUCCUGCACUGGAACCCUUGACUCCCAUCAUUCCUGACUCCUCCCACAUCACUCAUAAUUCUCAGUCACAGGCCCUGGGGAAGCAGGAGGUUACAGCACGCCCCAGGCCACGCCCUCGCUCCACAGCAUUAGUGCAGUCAGUGAUUGAAGAGGAGGAUCAGGAUCAACCAAUAACAAGAGAGGUCAAAGUUCAGACCUUGGUGCGCCUUAAAGACAAUAGCACCGAGAAUGUUUUUGCUGGCUUUACUGACACUUCAGACACCGCAUCAAAUAAGUAUCUACAGGACCUGUUGGAUAUCUUCGGUUGUGAUAAACCAGACACCCAAACCAAACAACCUGAUGCCCACAAUGGUAAGAACGAUGAAGAGGAACGCCUUACUUCGGAAAGCUGCUCGGUUUCCACGGUUGCGACUGAAUCUUUGGAAAUUGUAACAAGACCAGAACCACGACCAAGAACCCAGAUUCUCAAACAACAUAUCUCCACAAAACCAUCUGACGCAACAACACUGAGUGUGGAGGAGACCAUAGCGUCUUCAAAAGAACAAAAUAAGCCAGUAGUUCAUCCAGUUCCUGCUCCCCGACCCCUGGUGAAAAAGUCGUCCGUGUCCCAGGAGCAGGGUUCUUCAGAGGAGAAGAGCGAGCGCUGUCCUCUCCGUCUGCCCCCCAGACCUCCACUUGCUGCACGCAUGUCUGGAGCUUCCAUCCAGGAAGAUGGCGCUCAGCCUGCAGAAGUGCCCUUUAACCCUGGGAAGCCUGUAGCAAUCACAUCUUCCAGCAGAGGCAGGGGAAAAUGUCCUGCUAAACCCAUGUCCCACAGGAGGCCUCCACUCCCAGCACACACUCCUGCACAGGAUGCUGUUAGUUCUGUAGGCGUCAACAAAUCCAGACCAUCACUACAACACCAAGCCAGUGAGGGUAAGCUACUUCCUCUGCGUCCUCCUCCAAUCAAGUCGAGCAAACCAGCAGGUUCCUCCCCGAAUCCUGCUUCAACCAAUCAGCACUCAAGUUCCAGGGGAGCAAAACGAGGACCACCACUGCCCCCGAGACCAACACCUGGGCACCCUCUUUACAGAGACCACACAAGCAAAACCCCUCAAGAAAACACUAAAGUAAAUCUCCCUAGCAGGGAACCUGAAGAAUCUCACCCACAGAAAGAGAAGCUUCUUGUUGUUCUUGAUGACACAGCGGCACCAACAGAGACACAAGGCUUCCCAAGAGGUAUGAAAGGUAAUCAUCAGUACACGUUGUCAGAAGAAGCCGUCCCUCAGAAGAGUCUGGAGCUGAAGAUGGAGAAGGAGACGGAGGAGCAGCAGCCCGAGACAAACGCCAGCACCAGGUAUAGAGCCCGAUUUGCGUUUAAUGGCGAAGACGGCGAGUUGACGUUUCAUGACGGUGAUGUAAUCACGUUAAUAGCAUAUGUAAAUGAGGAGUGGGGGCGUGGCAGCCUUAAUGGACGUACUGGGAUAUUCCCUUUGAAUUUUGUCCAGCUUGUUCAGGAAAGUCCAGCAAAGAAAUCAACACCUGAGUCACAUGCUCCUGUGGUACGUGUAGGAGAAGGGCAGGCAGGCCGAGCGCUGUAUGAUUUCACUCCUGAGUCUGAGGAUGAACUCUGUCUCAAGGUCGGGGAUGUGGUGUCCUCCCUGGAGGAAGUGGAUGAGGAAUGGUUUGUAGGGGAACUUGCCGGCCGACGUGGCAUCGUCCCCAAAAAUUACAUCCAGGUGCUUUAACACCCUGUCAGGAUGCAUACAGUGAAAAGUAUUUCCAUGUGAAAAGCUUCAUGGCAUGUGUGAAUGUGUAUCCCAGUGGUCUCCGUCUACAUUUACUGAAAAAAAAAUCCAACACAAUCACUUGCUCCACGGUAGUAAACACAAAACUCACUCAAUGAUUGUGUCUUAAUCCUCUAGUCCUGUUCUGUUCUGCUCUGAUUAUCCAGUCUGUCAUCCCGAAGCCAAGCACUGAUACCGUAUAGUUGUGUAACUGAACUGUAAAGAGGGCCUAUGAUUUGACAGACUAACACCAGUCGAUUUUUUUUUUUUUUUUUUUUUUUUAAUGCUUUUUGCAUGUUUUUUAUUUUUUGUAAUCUGCACAGGAUACUUUUUGAGGUAGGUUACGUCUACUGUACUAAAUGACACUGUGAAUAGGUGAAUAGUGAUCUCCCACUGAAACUCCUGUAUAGUCUGGAACUUUGCAUGAUUUGUGGGGAAAUGAUGUCACAAAGCCUUAACCCAAAAUAAACCCAGAUGAAUUAUGAUAAAGAUGGUUUGUCUUGUUG